AUGCGCCCCGGCGCCGAGCGCCUGCCGCCAGGUGUCCUGACAAAGGCGCGCUCGGUGGGCGUCCGCAAUGCGCGCCUGGCAGCGGCCGCGGCGGCCCACGGGCUGCACCGGCUGGUGAGGAUCAGGGGGGCGCGGCUGAGGGAGGCGGUGGCGGAAUACGGGGAGGCGGUGGCGGCGGGCGCGGCCGAGGCCGAGGCGGCCGAGGCAGGCGGGGCGAAUGGCGGCGGCGGGGCGAGCGGCACUGCAGCAGCAACUGGGGGCGACUUCCGUGGCGGCGCCGGGAGCGGCGGAGGCAGAGCGGCUGCCGCCGCCCCGGCGUCGAACGCUGAGAAGCCCGCAUCAGCGACGGC